AUGGCAACACAACCUGAAUUUGAACAUCCUAAAAAAGCCUUUGGUUGGGCAGCUAGAGAUCCUACUGGUGUUUUCUCACCUUUCAAUUUCUCUAGAAGGGAAACAGGUGAGAAAGAUGUGGCAUUCAAGAUAUUGUAUUUAAUUAGUACUUCGCCUAAUAAAGAAAAGGAAGCAAUAGAACACUUAGGAGCUGAAUCAUUUCUGUUAAGCCGUAACGUGAAUCAAAUGAAGGCUGCAAUAGGUACUUUGGACGCUAUUAUUGACACAGUUUCAGCAGACCAUCCUCUCUUACCACUGAUUGGUUUACUCAAAUCUUAUGGAAAACUUGUAAUGGUUGGUGCAGUAGUGAAGCCUCUAGAGCUUCCUGUAUAUGCUUUACUUGAAGGGAGAAAAUUAAUAGCUGGGAGUAAUAUUGGAGGGAUAAAGGAGACACAAGAAAUGAUUGAUUUUGCAGCUCAACAUGAUGUGAAACCUGAUAUUGAGAUUGUUCCGAUUGAUUAUGUUAACACAGCAAUGGAGCGUCUCGCUAAAGCGGAUGUGAAAUUUCGAUUUGUGAUUGAUAUUGGAAACACAUUGAAGCCAAGCUCUUAA